GUCAGUACGGAAAUCCUUUAACUAAAUAUAUUAGACAUUAUGAAGGAUUAUCUUAUGAUGUGGAUUCAUUACAUCAAAAACACCAGCGUGCCAAAAGAGCAGUUUCACAUGAGGACCAGUUUUUACGUCUAGAUUUCCAUGCCCAUGGAAGACAUUUCAACUUACGAAUGAAGAGGGACACUUCCCUUUUUAGUGAUGAAUUUAAAGUAGAAACAUCAAAUAAAGUACUGGAUUAUGAUACCUCUCAUAUUUACACUGGACAUAUUUAUGGUGAAGAAGGAAGUUUUAGCCAUGGGUCUGUUAUUGAUGGAAGAUUUGAAGGAUUCAUCCAGACUCAUGGUGGAACAUUUUAUGUUGAGCCAGCAGAGAGAUAUAUUAAAGACCGAACUCUACCUUUUCACUCUGUCAUUUAUCAUGAAGAUGAUAUUAACUACCCCCAUAAAUAUGGUCCACAGGGCGGCUGUGCAGAUCAUUCAGUAUUUGAAAGGAUGAGGAAGUACCAGAUGACUGGUGUAGAGGAAGUAACACAGACACCUAAAGAACAUGCUGUUAAUAAUGGUCCAGAACUCUUGAGGAAAAAACGUACAACUUUAGCUGAAAAAAAUACUUGUCAGCUUUAUAUUCAGACUGAUCAUCUAUUCUUUAAAUAUUAUGGGACACGAGAAGCUGUGAUUGCUCAGAUAUCCAGUCAUGUUAAAGCGAUUGAUACAAUUUAUCAGACCACAGACUUCUCUGGAAUUCGUAACAUCAGUUUCAUGGUGAAACGCAUAAGAAUCAAUACAACUGCUGAUGAGAAGGACCCCACAAAUCCCUUUCGUUUUCCAAAUAUUGGUGUGGAGAAGUUUCUGGAAUUGAAUUCUGAGCAGAAUCAUGAUGACUACUGUUUGGCCUAUGUCUUCACUGACCGAGAUUUUGAUGAUGGCGUUCUUGGUCUGGCUUGGGUUGGAGCACCUUCAGGAAGCUCUGGAGGAAUAUGUGAAAAAAGUAAGCUCUAUUCAGAUGGUAAGAAGAAGUCCUUAAACACUGGAAUUAUUACUGUUCAGAACUAUGGGUCUCAUGUACCUCCCAAAGUCUCUCACAUUACUUUUGCUCAUGAAGUUGGACAUAACUUUGGAUCUCCACAUGAUUCUGGAACAGAGUGCACUCCAGGAGAAUCUAAGAAUUUGGGACAAAAAGAAAAUGGCAAUUACAUCAUGUAUGCAAGAGCAACAUCUGGGGACAAACUGAACAACAAUAAAUUCUCACUCUGUAGCAUUAGAAAUAUAAGCCAAGUUCUUGAGAAGAAGAGAAACAACUGUUUUGUUGAGUCUGGCCAACCUAUUUGUGGAAAUGGAAUGGUAGAGCAAGGUGAAGAAUGUGAUUGUGGCUAUAGUGACCAGUGUAAAGAUGAGUGCUGCUAUGAUGCAAACCAGCCAGAGGGGAAAAAAUGCAAGCUAAGACCUGGGAAACAGUGCAGUCCAAGCCAAGGUCCCUGUUGUACAGCACAGUGUAUAUUCAAGUCAAAAACUGAAAAGUGUCGGGAUGAUUCAGACUGUGCAAAAGAAGGAAUAUGUAAUGGCAUUACAGCUCUCUGCCCAGCAUCUGACCCUAAACCAAACUUUACAGACUGCAAUAGGCACACACAAGUAUGCAUUAAUGGGCAAUGUGCAGGCUCUAUCUGUGAGAAAUAUGGCUUGGAGGAGUGUACCUGUGCCAGUUCUGAUAGCAAAGAUGAUAAGGAAUUAUGCCAUGUCUGCUGUAUGAAGAAGAUGGACCUAUCAACUUGUGCCAGUACAGGGUCUGUGCAAUGGAGCAAGCAUUUCAUGGGUCGAACCAUCACCCUGCAACCUGGAUCCCCUUGCAAUGAUUUUAGAGGCUACUGUGAUGUUUUCAUGCGGUGCAGAUUAGUAGAUGCUGAUGGUCCUUUAGCUAGGCUUAAAAAAGCAAUUUUUAGUCCAGAGCUCUAUGAAAACAUUGCUGAAUGGAUUGUGGAUAAUUGGUGGGCAGUAUUGCUUAUGGGAAUUGCCCUGAUCAUGUUAAUGGCUGGAUUUAUUAAGAUAUGCAGUGUUCAUACUCCAAGUAGUAAUCCAAAGUUGCCUCCUCCUAAACCUCUUCCAGGCACUUUAAAGAGGAGGAGACCUCCACAGCCCAUUCAACAACCCCCGCGUCAGAGGCCCCGGGAGAGUUAUCAAAUGGGACACAUGAGACGUUAACUGCAGCUUUUGCCUUGGUUCUUCCUAGUGCCUACAAUGGGAAACUUCACUCCAAAGAGACACCUAUUAAGUCAUCCCCAAACUAAACCCUCACAAAUAACAGUCGAAGAAAAAAAUGGCAAGAGAUCAUGUCCUCAGACCAGGUGGAAUUACUUAAAUUUUAAAGCCUGAAAAUUCCAAUUUGGGGGUGGGGGGUGGAAAAGGAACCCAGUUUUCUUAUGGACAGAUAUUUUUAACCUAAUGGCACAAAAUCUUAGAAUAUUAUUGUGUGCCCUGUGUUCCCUGUUCUUCGUUGCUGCAUUUUCUUCACAUGCAGGCAAACUUGGCUCUCUAUAAACUUUUAUCACAAAUUGAAAUAUAUAUAUAUAUAUAUUUUUCAACUGCCAGUCAAGGCUAGGAGGCUCGACCACCUCAACAUUGGAGACAUCACUUGCCAAUGUACAUACCUUGUUAUAUCAGACAUGUAUUUCUUACGUACACUGUACUUCUGUGUGCAAUUGUAAACAGAAAUUGCAAUAUGGAUGUUUCUUUGUAUUAUAAAAUUUUUCUGCUCUUAAUGAAAAAUUACUGUUUAAUUGACAUACUCAGGAUAACAGAGAAUGGUGGUAUUCAGUGGUCCAGGAUUCUGUAAUGCUUUACACAGGUAGUUUUGAAAUGAGAAUCAAUUUACCCUUUUCUUAUGAUGGAGUUGGUUCUGAUAUUCAUUUUGUCUUUAUCAAAUGGCUGCUAAGAGCACAUGAGUGACUAUGCUGAAGAACACAGUUGUGUUGUGCAAACUGGACAUAUGCAGCAUACUACUUCAGAGUAAUUCUUUAUGUGAGUGUCUGAUUUCUGCUUAUUUUAAACUUUCUAAUUCAAUUCCAUUUUUGAAUUAAUAGGUGACAUUUUAUUCAUGUUUCAGUAGAAAUUAUGCCAAUGAAAUGAUUCUUUUUGUAACCUCUUAUUUGUGUUUCCAUACAUCUAAAGUAUGCUAAUUAUGCUUUUGAUUUUUGUCUGAUAUGGAAAAGAAAAGCUGUGUCUUUUAUCAAAAUAUUUGAACAGUUUUUUCUGUAUAUCAUCACUGACCAUUGGUAACCACUAAAGAAGAGUGAUUUGCUCAACUAGUAAAUUGUAGAUAGGCCUUCUGACAUUUUUUUCCCCCGUAAAAUACUUUAACAGCAAUGGAGGUGAAACAGCACAAUGUCCCAUUCAAAAAUUAUUUUUUAAACAGAUGUAAAUAAUUGGCUUUUUAAAGAAAGAAAGCAAAAGCAUUUAAUGUAUUAACAGGCUUAUUGCUAUGCAGAAAUGGAAGGGGGCAUUACAAGAAUAUUUUAAGCUUGUGACAUAUUUAUUGCUUCUGUUUUCCAACUACAUCACUUAAAUUAGACAUAAAUAGCUAUGAUUUCCCUGGCUUCAUGUAGGAGGCAAAUUUAGGGAAAGUUGAAAAAAUUUGUGUUUUGGCUUCUUUUUUUCCUUUUUUUCUUAAGAGUAUAAGGUUUACACAAUCAUUCUCAUAAUGUGACGCAAGCCAGCAAGGCCAAAAAUGCUAGAGAAAAUAAUGGGAUCUCUUCCUUGUAAACUUGUACAGUACGUGGUGACUUUUUUCAAAAUACAGCCUUUUGUACAUGAUUUAGAGACAAAUUUUGUACAUGAAACCCCAGAUAGACUAUAAAUAAUUCUAAACAAACAAGUAGGUAGAUAUGUAUGUAAUUGCUUUUAAAUCAUUUAAAUGCCUUUGUUUUUGGACUGUGCAAAGGUUGGAAGUGGGUUUGCAUUUCUAAAAUGGUGACUUUUAUUCUGCAAAGGUUCUUAGUAACUUCUUGAGUGUGGUAGACUUUGGAACAUGUACAUUUUUUGCUUGUAAUGUUAUCCUGUGGUGAGGUUUUGGCAGGUAUACACUGCCCUGUUUUAUUUUGAGUCUAAGUUAAAUGUUUUCUGAAAAGAGAUACAUGCACUGAACUCUCCACGGCAGAUCAAGAUGUGGUAAAACAAAAGGAUCAAGACAAAUAAGAUCUAAUACUACUGUCAGUUUAAUGUCCACUGUGUUUUAUACAGUAUCUUUUUGUUCACUUUGGAAAUUUUUACUAAAAAUUGCAAAAAAUAAAGUAUUGUGAAAAGAUGUAAGGUUUUUUGAAACUUGAAAUGCAUUAAUAAAUAGACUUGAUGAAAUCAA